GCUGAAUGUGAAACCACUCAUUAAACGGCUGAAUUUUUUGUGGAGACAUUUCAUUUGACACGCGUGCAGUCAUGCGAGCUUAAUUCGGGUUAAGGCUAAGUGGUUGAUUUAGUUAGUUAGUUAUAGUGGAUUAAAAUUGUGAGGAUUUGCAUUUGCUUUGUAGGAAGUGUACUUUUGGGUAGAAAUUGCAAUUGUUGCAAAAAUUGUAUAGAUGUGCGAAAAAUUUAUAGGAUUGAAAAAAGAGUAGAAAAUAAGUUACAAUUUUUUUUUAAUUGUGAGAAUUUAUAUUGUUGAGUAUAAAUUGCAACUUUUGCAAAAUUUGUAAAUGUGCGAUUUUUUAAGGUUAACAAAAAAAUAGUAGAAAAUAAGUAAUCGGGAUUUUGUUGCAAAAUUUUUUUUGUGCAAGUGAAUGGUCGCCAAUUUUGUUUUGAUUUAAAAAAAUUAGGAAGAUUUUUAUCCCUACGAAAUUUUGACAUUGAAAAAAUCAGUGAAAAAAAACCUUGCCAAAAAUGGUUCGCGAAUUCACCUCUGAAGAAAUUGCAAAAAUCGGUCAAUUGCGUUCCCUCCUUACCGCAGGGAAGGUUUCACCCCCACUCAACGAAACCUUCGAGGACGACUAUUAUCUAGUAAAAUGGCUCCGAGCCAGAAAUUUGGACGUUUCCAAAGCUCAAGAAAUGUUGCUGACGUCACUCGCGUGGCGUCGGGAGAACCGAAUCGACGGGAUUUUAGACCGAGAGGAGGACGAUGUUCCCCUCAAAUAUAAGCGAAUUUACCCCGUCGCCAUUUUUGGGGAUGAUGUCGAGGGAAAUCCUAUCAUGUGCUUGCCCCUGGGUCGCUUCAAUCAUCGCGACAACAUUCCGGAACUCGGAAUAGAGAGGUUGUUAAGGUUCAAUAUGUACUUUAUGGAAACGAUGGUGAAAAUCGUGCGAGACAAGGAGGUCGAAACAGGAAAAAGGGGGUUACAACUGAUCCAAAUUAUCGACAUGGAGCAGUAUUCGUUUAAAGAACUCACAUGUAAACCGGCUCGCGAAUAUAUUGCGGAAACACAGAAAGUAUUGGAGGCGAAUUAUCCAGAAAUUUUGAAGUCCAUGCUGAUCAUCAAUGCGCCCAAGAUAUUCGCCCUGGCGUUCAAACUGGUGAAGCAUCUCCUGCCGAAAGAGACCUUGGCGAAGAUGGACAUUUACGGUCAGCACGAGGACGAAUGGAAGGACGUCCUGAGGUCAAGGUGUGCUCAGUUGAAUAAACUUCCCGUCCGGUGGGGAGGCACGCUGAAGAGCACCGACGUCUGGGGGGCGGACGAUGUCAACGUUUGGUUGGAUGGACCCAUACCACUCAGUUAUUUUACGGAUGAUGUCAUUGACUCUCACGGCUUCAAAAAGGUGAAAGUCGGAGCCCGCGACAAGUAUAAAAUGGACGUCCUCACAACCUCAUCAAGAUCCGAGAUCCGAUGGCGUUUUAACACGGAAGGUCACGACAUUGGAUUUCAAGUUGUGUGUCCACGUGGUUCCACGCUCGUGCCGUGGCGUCGGCUCGACUCGCACAAUUCGAUGCAGGAGGGAACCAUCACUUGCGAAACGGUGGGAAAGUACCAGCUCGUUUUUGACAACAGUUUCAGCUACACCAAGGCGAAAAUGGUCAAGUAUUAUGUCCAAGUUGUGGAAGAGGAUGAAGACGAUAAUUUACAAGAUGUCGAGCUGAUUGAUACCGGAAGUGAGCAUAAUAUUGGUAAAAGUACGGUUGAAAAUAGUUGAAGGAUAAUUACUGAAGUGUUAAAUUGAUGAAAUAAUGCAAAUUAAAAAACCAAUUUUUUGUUAAAUAUGAAAAGUUGAACGCCAUUUGCAAAAUAUAUAAAUUAAAUAAAAGAAAUUGCAAUCUUAAUUAGAUUAUCCAACGGCGUGCUUCGAAUAGAAAAUUUGAUAUAAAAGAUGGGGAAUUUUUGAAAUAAAUUUAUUAGAUUUCAUAAAAUAAAAAUCAAUUUAUGCAAAUUUAAUAUGUAAAUGGUAUCCAUGUAAUAAAGUUUCAACUAUUUACACAAAGCCGAAAAGAGCUAGUAUUAUGUCCAAGUUGUUGAACAGGGUGAAGAUGAAGACGAUGAUUUACAGGAUGUCAUAAUUGUUGAAGUGAUCAUAAUUUUGGUGAACGUGUGGUCGAAAAUAAUUGAGGGUUAAUUAUUGACAGGCUAAAUUUACGAAAUACAUAAUGCAAAUUUAAAAAAUAAUAUUUUCAUUAAAAUUGAAAACCUGAACGUCAUUCGUCAAAUAAAUAAAAUUUAUCAUAAUUUAAAAAAUUUAAAAAGAUUGAUUGGGCAGUAUCCACUAGUGGGUAUUGUAAUGUAUAUAAAUAGAAAAAUUGAUUUUAAAAUCAGGAUCUUUUUGAGUAAAAUAAAAAUUACUUUAUACAAACUGAACAUGCAAAUAAGGUCCCGUUAAUAAAUUUGUUUAGAGUAAUUUUUUAGAGGUACCAAAUUACAUAUUUUAAUUUUUUCUUGACAAAUUUUAAUUAAAAAUAGCUAUGGGUUAAUUCAUGAAAUAAAAAUCAAUUUAUGCAAAUCUAGUAUGUAAAUUAUAUCAGGGUAAUAAAGUUUCAAAUAAAUAUGUAACGUGUCCAAGACGUCGCCGACGACGACGAUUUACAUUUAUGUCGAGCUAAUUGAUACCUGAUGUUAGCAUAAUAUUGGUGAAAGUACGGUUUAAAAUUGCUGAGGGUUAACUGUUAACAUUCUAAGUUUAUGAAAAAAUGCAAAUUAACAAAUUACGUUUUUAAAAAUGUGCAAAGUUGAACGCGAUUUGUAAAAUAAAUAAAAUAUAAUAUAAUUACAAAGUUUGAUUAGAUUUGGCUUUGUCUUUAAUAAAAACAUUAAUCUAAACAA